AUGUCAUCUCCCGAACUAAAGCAUCGGCGGAUGGAAGGGCACAUGUCGUUUGUUCCCCCACAAUUUCAGCUGCCUGCACGACCGCCAGCCAGCGGGUUCCCAUGCGAGACGGAUAUUCUCGUUCCGGGUGCACGUGGUAAAAGCAGCAUGGACGGCAAAGCGCUGCUGCUCAAUGCUUCGCCCACGUUGGAGCUUCCAAAGGAGGAGGCGGUGUCGCUUUUUACGGCACUGAGGCAGCAUCCCAAGUGUGCGUCUAUACGAGAGCAGCUCAAUAUUAUCAACGAGGCGUAUCUCGAGGAGAUAUUUUGCGAGGAUGAUGCUCGGGAAGACGACACGCGUCGUCGGGUGGAUUACAAUGCCGCCUGUGCUCUGCUCAAAUCCAACUCUUCGAAGCGUCUCUCGGCAUGUGUUUCGUGCCUCACACGAGGUCAGCAUCGCCAAUAUCGCUCACAUAUGCUUAGGUACAUGCAAACGGGCGUUGUACCGAAAAAUACAGAGGAAUAUCCCGACAUGGGCAUUGUAAUUGACCUUGUUCAGCGUGAGCAGAGCUCUUACCUUCAUAAAUUCAUGGAGGAGACGCUGUCAUGUGAGGCCUGUAAGAUCGAGGCUGGCUACAAAAAGCGGUCUGGCAAGGCGGUGGAAAUUUCCACGUUGCACCGGUCCUGUUGGAACCAUAAUUACAUGGACGAACAUGUGGAGCGAUUUGCGAAGCGAUGGUGGCUUUAUCGACUCGAGUCGAGACUGCUGCGAUGCUUCUCUGACGAGGAGGCGAGUAAAAAAGAAAGCAAUGGCGGCGACGGUGGCGAUGCUUUUAGUGAGAUUGUAUUUGACCUUAAGAGGGCAGAAGCAGCAGCAAGAGCGGCAGAAAACGCCAAACGAACAGAAAUGGUGGUGAAGCCGGUCGCCAAGUUGACAUCUCGCGCACGUCAGUUGGCUGCUCAGUGCGUCGCUGCGACCGUUACGCAGAGGGUGUCACGUGGGGAAGCGCGGUGCCUUCCGGGCGUCUCCAUUCCACCGACGCUGCCGUUGGCGGUGCAGCAACUUGACACGCGCGAGGCACGACUGUACCCUCUUGCCCCUCCUGAGCAGCAGCGGAACGAUGGGGACGAGGAGGUUGCAAUCCAAGAGGAAGUUUUGUCACUCACACGUCCUGUCAAUUCCGUGGCGGGCGUUUCGUUCUCGCUACGCCUGUGCAAGUCGGCGUUAGUGGAGCUUUCCGCGGCGCAUUUGUCGUCGUGCCGUGCGGAGUUUCAGCUUCCUGUGCGAUGUGUCUGGCACCCGACAGAGCGGCGAGUUGAUAUUUGCAUGGAGAAACCGUUGCCGGGGUCUAGGGAGACCCGACGUAACGUCAAUGCGGCGGCAUUCAAACGUUUGGUGGACAAUGAGCCGCGUCUUCCGUCAAACGGUCGUUGCAGUGAGCGAGGCCUAUACAAAAGCAAGUGCAUCGCGGAGGUCUCGUUCGGUAACGAUAUUGCUUUUUACUGUGUGUCGAACUGCGUCUACGACGUUACCCAUCAGCACCCAGUCUUCCGCAUGAUAAAGAUGGAGUACAACUGCAAAGGCUACAACACCGUCCCUGAUGACGAAAAGACGUUUAAUUGUGAAAGUUUUAGCAAAAGGGAGGUGGUACGCAUGUGGACACUCCUUCACUGCAACCCAACAGCUGUCCUCUACGUUUACCGUAUCAACGCCUACUCAAAUGCGGUGAUUGGCAUCGAGCAGUUUUCAUCCGUGUCGUUUAUGACUCAGGUGAUAGGAGCAUUUUCAAGUGACGCAGAGAUAAAGCGUGCAUGGAGCUCCCUUCGCGACGUAUUGCAGAGCACUGUUUCUGCCAUUGCCCAGCGAAUGCAGCUCUCCGAGUGCUCUAAAAGUGCGAGAAGCGUUACGUUUCUUCUUUCCAAGAAGAAGGAGGACGGGGUUGUGUCACUCUGCUCUGUGAAGGCCUGUUAUCCACAGCAGACGGUACCUCUGGAUGAGGCGGUCGAAUGCUUUAUUGAGCCGAGCAGUCGAAUGGUAUGUCGUCGAGAAUACCUGCCGCCAAGUGUUUGGCCCUUUCCGGAUCGCAUUCCCUACACAUAUGGCCCAGCGCCACGGGCGUGUUAUGUCAUCAACCGGACGACCGAGACAAGACACGACUCUGCACACUACGCCAAGCACGAUGUUUGGCAUCACGAGCCGCGGUACUACACUGUGGGCGACGACGGGGUUGUCCGGGAGCUACGGCCAGCGGAUCCGUAG